UACGCACCUUCGCCGCCGCGAGAGGACGUGCGGUGCGGCGGGAGGCGGCGGCGCAAGACCUGGAGUGGCCGGCGGGCGCCGGGAAGCGGGACGCGGGCGCCGGCGCGGAAGCGGAGCUGCGGGCAGAGGCUCCAUGUUGGGAAGCGGCGCCGCUCGUCCUCGUUAGCGGGAAUCGGGGCGCCGCGGGCAGAGCCAGCGGGGGCCGGGCUCUGAGCGAAGAUGGAGGCCCCGCUGCGGCCUGCCGCGGACAUCCUGAGGCGGAACCCGCAGCAGGACUACGAGCUCGUCCAGAGGGUCGGCAGCGGCACCUACGGGGACGUCUAUAAGGCUAGAAAUAUUCAUACAGGAGAGUUGGCUGCAGUAAAAAUUAUCAAAUUGGAGCCUGGAGAUGAUUUCUCUUUGAUUCAACAAGAAAUAUUUAUGGUCAAAGAAUGUAAACAUUGCAACAUCGUUGCCUACUUUGGGAGCUAUCUCAGUCGAGAAAAACUGUGGAUUUGUAUGGAAUACUGUGGUGGUGGAUCACUUCAAGAUAUUUACCAUGUUACUGGGCCAUUAUCAGAAUUGCAAAUAGCCUAUGUGUGCAGAGAAACUUUACAGGGUCUUGCCUAUUUGCAUACAAAAGGCAAAAUGCAUAGGGAUAUCAAAGGUGCAAACAUUUUAUUGACAGAUCAUGGUGAUGUAAAAUUAGCUGACUUUGGCGUGGCUGCGAAAAUAACAGCCACCAUUGCAAAGAGAAAAUCUUUCAUUGGCACUCCCUACUGGAUGGCCCCCGAAGUUGCAGCAGUAGAAAAGAAUGGUGGCUACAACCAGCUCUGUGAUAUCUGGGCAGUGGGAAUAACGGCGAUUGAACUUGGAGAACUUCAACCGCCUAUGUUUGAUCUUCAUCCAAUGAGGGCCCUCUUCUUAAUGUCAAAAAGUAAUUUUCAGCCUCCAAAACUAAAGGACAAAACAAAAUGGUCAUCAACAUUCCAUAAUUUUGUCAAAAUAGCACUAACCAAAAACCCCAAAAAAAGACCAACCGCUGAAAGACUUCUGACUCAUACGUUUGUAGGGCAGCCAGGUCUCUCUAGGGCCCUAGCAGUUGAGCUGUUGGACAAAGUGAAUAAUCCAGACAACCAUGCACAUUACACUGAGGGAGAUGACGAUGACUUUGAGCCCCAUGCAAUCAUUCGUCAUACCAUUAGAUCUACAAACAGGAAUGCCAGAGCUGAACGGACAGCUUCAGAAAUAAAUUUUGACAAAUUACAGUUCGAACCUCCUCUGAGAAAAGAAACAGAAGCUCGGGAUGAAAUGGGAGUGUCAUCAGACCCAAACUUUGUGUUACAGUGGAAUCCUUUUGUUGAUGGUGCAAAUACUGGCAAAUCAACCUCAAAACGCGCAGUACCACCUCCCCUACCUCCUAAGCCAAGGAUCAACAGCUACCCUGAAGACAGCCUCCUAGAUGAAGAAAAGUCAUCAACUGUAAAACGUUGCCCUGAUUCAGAGAACAGAGCUCCCCAGUUUCUCAGAAGACAGAGUAGCCCAAGUUGUGGUCCUGUAGCUGAGACUUCCUCUAUUGGUAUGGCUAGCAGUAUCAGCAGUCCUGGAGUGCAUACAGCUAGAUACUGUGAUCUGGGAAAUGGUGAUGGUAUUUCAAAACUGAUUAGUGAAAAUACAGAAGGAUCAGCACAAGCACCACAGUUACCACGGAAGAAGGACAAGCGCGAUUUCCCGAAACCAGCCAUCAAUGGCCUUCCACCCACCCCAAAAGUGCUGAUGGGAGCAUGUUUUUCCAAAGUUUUUGAUGGCUGCCCUUUGAAAAUUAAUUGUGCAACAUCCUGGAUACAUCCUGAUACAAAAGAUCAGUACAUCAUUUUUGGAACUGAAGAUGGUAUUUACACAUUGAAUCUCAAUGAACUACAUGAGGCAACGAUGGAACAGUUAUUUCCACGGAAAUGUACUUGGCUCUAUGUUAUCAAUAAUACUUUAAUGUCAUUAUCAGAAGGAAAAACCUUUCAACUCUACUCUCAUAACCUUAUAGCUUUGUUUGAACAAGCCAAAAAACCAGGAUUAGCUGCCCAUAUUCAAACUCAUAGGUUUCCAGACCGCAUACUACCAAGAAAGUUCGCUUUAACAACAAAGAUUCCUGACACAAAAGGCUGCCACAAAUGUUGCAUAGUCAGAAACCCUUACACAGGACAUAAAUACCUCUGUGGAGCUUUACAGUCUGGAAUUGUUUUACUUCAGUGGUAUGAGCCAAUGCAGAAAUUCAUGUUGAUAAAGCACUUUGAUUUUCCUUUGCCAAGUCCUUUGAAUGUUUUUGAAAUGCUGGUAAUACCAGAACAGGAAUAUCCUAUGGUCUGUGUAGCUAUUAGCAAGGGCACCGAAUCAAAUCAGGUUGUUCAGUUUGAGACAAUCAAUUUGAACUCUGCAUCUUCAUGGUUUACAGAAAUUGGCGCAGGCAGCCAACAGUUAGAUUCCAUUCACGUAACACAGUUGGAGAGAGAUACUGUUUUAGUGUGUUUAGAUAAAUUUGUAAAAAUUGUAAAUCUACAAGGAAAACUAAAAUCAAGUAAGAAACUGGCCUCCGAGCUAAGUUUUGAUUUUCGCAUUGAAUCUGUAGUAUGCCUUCAAGAUAGUGUGUUGGCUUUCUGGAAACAUGGAAUGCAGGGUAAAAGCUUCAAAUCAGAUGAGGUUACCCAGGAGAUUUCAGAUGAAACAAGAGUUUUCCGCUUAUUGGGAUCAGACAGGGUUGUCGUUUUGGAAAGCAGGCCAACAGAAAAUCCUACUGCACACAGCAAUCUUUACAUCUUGGCUGGACAUGAAAAUAGUUACUAAACAACAAAAACUGAUCUCAAAUGACAGGAAAAUGACUAUACUCCAUUGAAAUCAGCAAAAAUAUCUUAAGUUCAGUACAAACUACACUAUGAUUUACUUUAACUUCUAUGGGUUAUAUCUCAAAUAAUCUGUACUUUAAGGUAGAAUUCAAUAUUUUCUGUAGCUGGAAACAGCUGUUCUAUCUCUUGCCACUGUGUGGUGGUUAUAUCAAGUUUGCUUAAUAAAAGCUAUGAGACAAAUAGUCCUCUAGUUCCAGGAAACACAGUCUUUUAAAAACAUAUUGUAACAAGGGUGCCAUGAUAUUUUUAGAUAACAACUCAUGUGAUUAUCUUCAGAGGGAUAAAUUUAGUGACAGUUUUCUUAUUUUAUACCAUGUUUUAUUCCUUCUUAAUGAACAUAAUUUGAUAAAAAAAUUAUCAAAUAAGUCUUUCACUUUGACAUUGGCCAUUCUGUAUGUUUUUGUAAAAUAGAAUAUUUAAUCCUUAUUUAUUAAUCUCUUGCUGGAGUGGUGUGAUAUAUGUAACUUUUAGCAAAGGAGGGUUUCAGAGCAGUUUAAAUUUUUUUAUAAUGUAUAAAAAUUUUGUUUUAACUUUUAAGAGUAGUACUUUGAGGGGUUAAAGGCAGU